GUCAUGGAUUGUACGCUGUAUUAAUAUGCUUAUCUACUGCUCUAAAAUAGUCUAAUGAAGUGUAUUUCAUUUUCUAGUGAUGAUCAAGGCGAGCGCAACAGUGCGCCUGCGCUAUGCCAGCUGUAUUCUCCGAUAGUGACGAGCGAGAGUUUUAGCCAGUGGAGAGAGGAGAGGAAGCAGCCACUCGUUUGUGGAAAGGCUCUGUAUUUCGCCCUGAUCAUUAACAGGCUUCUGUAUUAUAACGGAGUAGUCUAUUGUUGACCACAUACAAAACUGAAUAAUGUAGUAGCCAGGGCUUGAAAGCGGGUGUCACGUGCGACCUGGCUUUUUCUCCAGAGCCAUUUUUUUUCAAAACACCCACCAACCGUCACCCUCUCUCACUCUCUAAGAUCUGGUAUCGACCGACUCUCUGUGUGUGACGGUUUACCUCUCAUUUUUUUUCUUUCGAUUUUGUUGCAAUUAUCAACGUUUCUUCGGCCGUGAAAAUCAUUCGCUCCUGCUGUCACUGGUGUUGAAGUGCGUUCCAUGUUUGACUUUCAGGUGCCUUUAGUGAGAUAAUCCUCUCCCUUUGUUGUGAUUGAGCUGAGGGAGAGCACCUACUUCUCUCUGUAAUCUCCUGGUCGUCUGCCUAUAGCGACGUACUAGCCGAAGUCCAUUCAGAACCUAAUAAUGGACUCAGUAAGAAACGACAACUAUCAAGGGGGUUUCAGCAUGGAGCAACAGCAACCCCAGGGCCAAGGCCAGUUUUACAUUGGGUCUGAUCAAGGUCCCGGUCCCGGUCAGCCCCAGAGUGUUCGACCUAUUGCUCCAGGGGCAAGGCCCUACGUGGAUCCAGAAGCUCAGGGAGAGGUGGAUCCCAAUGCCUACCCAGAGCCGAAGGAAGCCACCCACAAAAUUCGUGGGCGAUCUGACAUUUUGGACAUGUUCUGCAAUAACGUCAACCAAGAGCUCUUGAUCGCCAAGACUUUUUACUUCUUCUUCUUCUCUGCCUUUGGGUCCCUGUUCCCGCUAAUGGCCGUUUACUUCAAACAAAUGGGCAUGAAUCCCUCCCAAACGGGUAUUCUGAUUGGUAUCAGGCCCUUCGUCGAGUUCAUCGCUGCCCCAUUCUGGGGUUCCAUCGCGGACAGAUUCCAGAAAGGCAAGAUGAUGUUGCUGUGCGCUGUGGGGUCAUGGAUCGUAUUCACUUUGUCCCUUGGGUUUGUGCAACCUCCUGCAACUGCCUGCGUUCUCUUCAAUGGAACCCACCACAUUCUUACGACUCCCUACACUACCUCCUCCAAGAAAAAGCGAAGCUAUGACCCCAGCUCCUAUUUCCUGAACGUAGAAGAUGAAGGGGAACCCGAGAUCCUUCCCACACCACUGGCAGAGCAGCAGCCCACCGUCAUAACUCUUGCCCCAUUCUUCUACCACAAGCGAUCAGUCGAACCGCUGGAUGACUUUGAAAGACUUCUGAACGAUGGGCAGGUUCCCCUAAUGUCAACUCGACCACUCUGGAGGAGCAAACGAGACACGCCCUUGCCGAAGGAUCACGUUAUCGGAAAGUCCCCUCACGUCGUCCAUUACACGGUGAACUUCAAGGACUUUAAAGGCGCUGAAGAAGACUGGCUAUCACCUCCGUUCUCGAGUAUCGUGUACAGGUCAUCGGAUGUGCACAAAGUAUUUUUCCUCUUGCUUCUUCUUGUGCUACUGGGAGAAUUCUUCAGUAGUCCAGCUAUAACUCUCGCUGACUCUGCAGUGUUGACCUAUUUGGGUGAAGAAGCCGAUCACUAUGGACGCCAGCGAAUGUUUGGGUCACUUGGAUGGGGUCUGGCUAUGUUCUUCGUUGGUAUAGCUUUGGAUCAUUCCACCGCUUUUCCCGGUCACCCUUGCGGCCCACAUGAGAAGGAAAGAAACUAUACUAUUUGCUUUGCUGUCUUCAGUGUGCUCAUGGGGUGCGCUCUGAUUACAGCCUCUCAGUUCAAGUUUGACUACACAGAACCUGCUGUUCAAGAUGAUGAGGUGAAGGAACCUGUAGACAAUGGUCCUCGACCAUGGAAUGAACCCAAGAUUCCUAUGCAGGAGCAGAAGUCUCAGCGACAGAAGCUUGAUGAGGCAAUUGGCAAUAUCAAGACAAAGAUCUUCGCUCAAACAAUGAAAGAGAUGCCAGAGUGGUUCGUAGUGUUACGUGAGUUCAAGAACUUGCGAUGCGGUGCUUUCCUAGCAGUUGCCUGGUGGAUGGGCGUUGGUAUCGGUUUAAUCUUUGCCUUCCUCUUCUGGCAUCUUCAGGACAUUGGUGGCACACCAACUGUAUUUGGUAUUGCGAGUAUCAUGAAUCACAUUUCCGAAAUCUUUGCCUACUUCUUCAGUUUUCGACUCAUUGCACAAAUUGGACAUGUAAAGGUGUUGUGUGUUGGCCUUGCCGGCAAUGUUGUGCGAUUCCUGUACAUCUCUUGGAUUAAUAACCCAUGGUGGGUCUUGCCCUUCGAGUUUAUCCAAGGUAUUACCCACGCUGCAGUCUGGGCAGCAUGCUGCUCUUACAUCGCUCACAACACACCACAACACCUUCGGUCAUCUUCCCAAGGAGUUUUGCAGGGCAUACAUCAUGGAUUCGGCAGAGGUUGCGGGGCUGUAUUUGGUGGAAUGUUUGUUAAUUACUUUGGCACUUCAGUUGUCUUCAGAAUUUAUGGUAUCAUGUCACUUGUCAUCCUGGCUGCAUUUAUCUUUAUCAACUUCUACCGAAGAGAUGUUGGAUUCCAACCUGAUCUUCCUCCUGAGGAAGAUCCACGACAAAUGGCGGAGGAGGGAACAGCUUUAGCUCCUCAUGGUGUUCCAGCAAACCCCAUUCCAAGGGCUUUAAGUUCCCAGAAAUUGAAUGAAGGUGCGCCUGAUGCUGGGUAUGGCACUUACAAUGCCACCAAUGGAAUGUUAGACAUACCAGGUGGUGGUGGCGGUGGUGCUACUAAUCCCUUCUUGCAAAGUGGUGGAAGUGAAGGGGGUGGUGGUGGCGGUGGUGGUGGUGGCUACAACUACUCUAAAGACGGUGCCCCUAACGUCUUCUCGGACACCAACCCUUUUAGAAAUUAUUUCAUUCCUACCUCACCUUUCCCUGAAAAAGGCUCACCAAUUAACUCGCCUGAUUUAAGUCCUGAUUAUGAGAGUAUCAAACACAGGUUCCAGGCUUACAAUGAUGUCAUUAAUGGUGAGGCUGACAUUAAAGGUGAGUCAAAAGUGCUCAAAGGGCCAGCCCCAAUGACACUCCCUCAUAAUCCACAGCCCCAAGCUACCGCCCAUGACUACGACUGGUAGGCUGAAUUGCUAAGAAUUUAUAGGAUCUAGAGUUUACAAUAUGAAACAGUAUGCAGCUCUCAAUUCUUGGCUAGACAUGGAGGAUCAGAGUACCACGAUUCUAAGCUGAUUUUCAAAUUUUGAAUCUAAACUCAUUUUCCAGCUCUCUGUGAGCAUACUGUAAAAAUAACUCCAGAAUCAUUCAUGAGGGACACUUCUGUUUAAUUUUUAUAGAAUUUUCUUGCAUCAGAGUGAGAAUAAUGUACAUAUGCAGGAAAAUAACUACACUCAAGUACGUACUCAUAGGUGUUGGUUGUAUAUAAGUGAUAGUGACAGUUUAUAUCCUUUUACACUUCACAGAAUUGAAUAACCUUGGUACUGUAUUUAAAAUUUCCUCAAAGAAUUUUGUUUUUAUGUCCUGUCCAUAUGAUGACUCUCUGCAACUUAACUUUACCUAGUUUUUUGGCACUAAAAUAUGAUCCUAUUUAGUUCAACAUAUAAACUGACAGAUUUACAUUAGAAUAAUGAGUACCGUAUUAGUGUAUUGCAAUAUAUCAUAACCAGUUAGAAUGGUUGUCUUAGUGAAGUCUUAACAACAUAUAAACUUAAUUGUUAAGUUAUAAAACAUAUCUGAAACAAGUAAAAUUGACACUAAAUUCUUUAGAAAGAAAUCCCAUUCUCCAUCAGUGAGUACUAGAUACUAAGCAUAGCAAGCACAUAAACCUGUCUUUAAUGGAUCUCAUUUUAAUUUUUUUUUUUAUUCAUUCACUUUUGUUUCACAAGAAAACUGAUUUGGUCAUAAAAGUUGAUAUCAGUAGAGUUUUGACAGUUCUGUUAAUUAAAUUACCAAAUUUAAAGCUUAAACUUUCAUCAGCACAAUAAAAGUGUAUAAACACAAGAAUAAGAAUAAGAGACCUCAGAUUUUGAGCCAGUUUAAAAUGUCAAAUUCAGUUCUUAUCAACAAAACAAAUUUUACUUUGAGAAUAAAAUCACAACACACAACAGUACACCCUAAGUAAGUUUUCAUUUUAAUUCUUAAAAAGCAAAAUUAAAAUCCUCCUGGAAAAGGGUCAGAUCUAGAAGUACAGAAAUACAGCAGUACUUGCAUCAAUAUUCUACAAUGAUUUGUUCACUGCAUACAAAAUAUUGCUAGCAUUAUUCUUCUUUAAGUAGUGCCAAAUAUUCAGUAUUUAAAGCUAUACGUAUUCCAUUUGGUUAGAAGUCAAAACUCAAAAAAAAAAAAAAAAAGGUACGUACCUUUUUUUUUGUUCUUACUAGGGGAAGAAAAAAAUUAUCCAGAAAAUAGAUGUGGAAAUUUUGUUCGAGGAUUUUUUUCCCCCAUAAGAUGGCAAUGUACUAUUCUAUGGGUGGUUUGCACUUAAAUAUUUUUAUAUUCAAUGUUCACUCAGGAAAUGCAACUUUAAUUGAACUAGUUUAAAGGUGUUUAAAAGUUGCGGGAAGGCAUUUAUAAUUACCAUACUUCACUACUAUUGGCAAAAGAAACUGAAUUCAUGGACAUACUGUCAAAGGUCCGUGUUUGGCCUAAAUUCUAAAGGUCCCAGUGAUUGGCCAAAAUUCUAUACUCAAUUCAGUUCAAUUCAUUCUGUCAAAGCCCUCCUCACCCAUUUUUUUUUUUUUACCUUAUCAGCAUUAAUUGUCUUGUUUCCCUGGCCACAACUGUGAUUGAGGUUAAAAGUUAUAUAAAAGAAAAUCCUGCACAUAUUAUAAUUUUGUAUAAAAUAUAUUGGUAUUAAGUACUCAUUCCUGUACUUUUAAGAAAUGUUCAUAAUUUUCUUAAGGUAUACAACAAUACUGUUUGUGAAAAUUCUGAUACUUCAAAAGAAAGGCAUUUCUUUGUUAAGCAGGAAGCACAGUUUUAAAUUUUCAGGCAUAAUCGAGCUUAAACAUUGUACAUACAGAUAUUUGUAUUUGAAAGAUAAUUGAUGCAUGUUGUUAAAUAUAUGAUUUUUAUGGAGUUUAUAAAAUAACCUACAGUGACUGUAAGUCCCACAGCAUUGCAAGUAUGUUGACCCGUCUUAGAUCUCACUUCUUGCAUCAGCCAAACAGUGCAGUUAUGUAACUCCUUUUCACAUAUUUAUAUUGAAAUAAAUCUUCUUCAAUCUAGUAUCUGAAUGUUUCAGAAGAAAAUUAGUGAUUUGUAAAAGUUUUUGGGUAUUUACUGUAUUCAAAAUUCUUAGAUUGUGAACAUGUGAUUAAUUAUGUGGAAAUUGUUGACAAAUGUCCUCUGCAUUUCUAGUGGGAUCAAGAAAAUUAGUACAUAUUUAUACGUACGUAUAUUGUAUACAUAAACUAUCAUAAGAAAUAUCAAGACUAAACAUUUGUAAUUAUCACCGCACUAAGAUGCUCUCAAAAGGGAUAUUCUCAUAAUUUAUUACUGCCUUUGGCUUUGCAGAAUAUUGAUCAAUAAAACAUACUCAGUCAGUGAGAGAUAAUCAAUUUGUAAUGUUUGUAAACUGCCUCAUGUUAGUUGGAAUCUGACAUACUGAAACUUAUGGUAAUAUUUCCUUAUACAUAUAGUAUGAAAAGAAAACAAAUCUACCAACAAAUUUUAGUGUGAUGAAUAUCCGUUUAGAUUGCAGAAAAAGAAUUUAGAAGAAAAUACAAUAUAUGAAACAAAUAAAAAAUACUUGUACAACAAAUCUAAAGUAUCCUUCCUAUAUUUAUUUUGUAAUACAGUUAUUUUAUCGUUGUUUUACAAAUAACAGCUACUAUUUAUAUGUUAUCAUAUUACUAUUAGAAAGACACCCACAUUUGAUAGAAAUAAUCUACCUGUAUCAAAAUGAAGACAAAACUCUUUAGGAAAUGGAAAGUUAUUUGCAGAGAAGAAAUAUCUAUAUACAUACAUUUCUUUUUCAAGUCUGUCAAAUCAACACUUGGAAACGCUUUCUUAUACAUCAAGUAAUCAAAUGACAAAUCCUUUCUGUACUUAGAAAGUAUUUUUUAAUUUUACUGCAAAAGAAGUCCCUUAUGGAACCCAGAUAGGAGAGAUCCACACAUAAUCAUUUCACUGUAAAUAUAAUGAUUGUCAGCAGCUACCUUCCUUGUUAAUCAUUACCAUGUUGCAUCACCACUGGUAGUCACCUCUGCACACUGUCAAAUCUGUAGAACACUGUAGAGACUAUAAUGUGCAUAGUUUGUAAGGUAUGGAAUCUGCCUUAAUGUAGAUUAAACAGGUUGGAAUUACAGCAUAUAAAUAUUUUCUUUAUACAAAGGAAAUUAAAACUUAUACAGGAAAAAAAUAUCUUGAUCAUUCAGAAGCUAUGUAAAUUUUUUUUUGAAAUUAUUACUAAUCUAAAGUUACUGCUUUUGCUGUUCACAUGACUAAUUAACCAAUUGUAACCAGACAUCAAACUAAUUGAUGAGUUGAAGUCCUUUAAAGAAAGUGAGUUUCACUCUAAAAAUGAGCCACUAUACAGAAGUUUAGAGUUUGCAAUAAAAAGUCUAUUUAUAUCUUUAUUUUCCAGAUACUGCCCAAUGUAUCUUUUAAACUUAUUGACCUAAGUUUUUGAUAACUGUAAGAUUUUAUAAACUACAGAGCUCCUGUACCUGUAAAUUAUUUACUUGAAUAAUAAUACAAAAUACAUAUCCUGGCAUCAUUAUUUAGGCUUCUGACAUUUACUCUAAAUGAAAUGGAAUCUGAAGUCUGUGGAUGUGGCCAGAGCUGUGGCACAGCACACAUUCUCACUGUAUAUUGUACAUACAAUCCAUCAUUGUUAAAAUGAGAGCCAACCCAUAACUGUUGAUAUGAGAUUAAACAUGAGGACAGUUUGACCUGUGUUUCAUAACUUCCUUCUAUAUAUUAAGCCUUAUAUGAAGGAGGAGGCAGUGCAUGAGGAAACAUGUAUUGAACUAACAUUUAGGAGCCACAUUUGGUGGGUUUUGCAACUCCAUGAAUAAUGGAAAUGAUAAAAAAAAGAUAAUUCCUGAUGUGUAUAUUUUACUGAAAACCAUUAACUUGCCCUUCUAUGGUAAAUAUUCAAAUGAAGGCAAAGUUUGGGCUUAAUGUCUUUCAAAAAAAAGACCUAUAUAUUUCUACUAACAUAUUCUCUUUCCAUAUUGUUUGUUAGAAUGAAUGUUUGUUAGAAUGAGAAAUUUCAAUUUUAUUGACAAAUAAUAUGAUGGUGUGCAACUCUUGAAUAACUGCCCCAUUUCUGACUCUACAAAUCUUUGGGUGUUAAAUUUAUUUUUAAGCUAGCAGGAAUGAUUCCUUAAUCCUGUAACAAAUGUAAAUUUUUCUAAUAAAAAUUAAUUGGGGUCAUAUAACUAGAAAGGAUCUCAAAAAUUGCAUACCAGUGUUUUACAGUCUUGAGCAGAAAAAGAAAAUUAAAUAGCUAAAGGCUUCUAUGGCUGACUAAAAAUUCAGGAUAAUUCUAAAACAAAUGACUGUAUGGAUGUACUUUAUCAAUGUGAUCAGAUCAUCAACUUCUUGGGUCAACUAUACUGAAUGCUGGAGAAAGAUCAAUCAAUUUGUGAUUCAGGGUUGAGAAGAUAAUCGUCAAUGGCAUUCAAAUAAUUCAUAAAAAUCAUCCUAAAUAAAACUUUUAACCAGCAGGUACUUUAGGAAAAAUAGCUGCAUGCAUGCUAUGCAAGGAGGCAUUUUAACUGACCGACAUUCCUCUUGCAAGGAAGGUGACCUUUCUCCUGCUUCAGUGACUUGUUAGUGUGCCUACUAUUCUAUCUUGAACCACAACUUUAACAAAGAAAAUUAUCUGUUUUUCUGAAUUCUAUCUCAUAUCUGUAAAUGUUUUUAUCUUAGAUGUAAGUUAAAUAUAUAAAGAUAUAUAAAUAUACAGAACAGUAUUUGGAAAUAUUUUUGUAGCUUGUAGAGGGACAGUAUUAUUUUUACAGUACAGUAUAGGUACAGCAACACAAGACUCAAUUAACCAUGUUCUGUUUUAGUGAACUUUUAUAUUAUGUCUGGUACAUAUGUAUAUAUGAUGUAUAGUUUACCAAAUUGUCAUGAAAUUAUUUUCUGACAAAAUUUAUUACUGAUAUACCAAUUGUUUCUUAGCCUAUGUGCUUGUAAACAAGGCUGCAAUGAAGUAAUCCUGUAAAACACAGCUUACAUAUCCACUUUGUUGGUCAGUUUUAAUACUUAUGUCACUUGAAUGCAACAGCCAAGAAAUAGAAAGAUGUUUGAAAUGAAAUACACUUAGCAAUAUAAGGGCACUACUAAUGUACAGCGCAGUUAAACUUUAUUGUAAAAACUGGUGCACUCACCAAUCCAGAACAGACAGUUUUCCCAUCUCUUGGGGUCUCUGAGAUGUUGGAAUAUGCUGGAAACAUCCAAAUGUGAAAAAAGGGUUCUUUUACUUAAAAAUGUCAUUCCAUACAUUAAAAAUAUUCUUUUAUCUUACUCAGAUGUGUUGAUAAUUUGUUCAGCUUCUUCAUAAGCAGGACUCCAUCUCAAAAGAGGGAUCAUAUUACUUCUCCUAUUAGAAAAGUUUAAACUAAAAAAUGUAAAAAAUGUUUUAAAAAGUCUAUGAACAGCUAUAUACCUAAUAUGUACAUAAAUUCCAAACAGGAGAGGCUUUACUAUAUAACAAACAUUUCGCACUGUAUCAUGAUUAUUUUUCAAAGUCAGAUUACUGUAUUUUGUAAAAAAUUACUGCAUGCAAUUCAAUUAUCAUAUAAUUUAUGUGGAUAAACAACAUGCUGUAAUGUUAGGAUAAUCUGAUUGGUAGAUCCAGGUCCAGAGGCCCACUUCAGACUUCUUAUUUCCUUCAGCACUUCAAUUACUAUCACUUGUGGGUAACUACUGUGCAAGGGCCUAUGCUGCAAUAAGGCCUCUUUAAACUAUACCAUCCAAACAACCAACCAUUCUUAGAGGGAAUUACAUAAUGUCAUGUAAUUUUCCAAUGAUUGUACGUAUAACUGUUUCAUGUUACUGUAUAAAAGUUGAGCUGAUAUGAAGAUGGUGAAUUAGAACUCCAUGUAAAGAUGAUACAGUUUUCAGGUAACAUCUUUUGUCAAUAAAAACUACAGCAGUCUCCCCUAAAUAUUUUGGCUUAAACAUGUUCUCCUCAUGCUCUGCCUCAACUAAAGGUUUUAUAAUGCAAUUAUUGUUACUUGGGCAUACUGUUCUUGCACUUUUUAGGUGUCCAGUAUGUGUGUUUGCACCAUCAUGCCUGUAACUCCAAAGCCUGGGCUAUCAUAGUCCUAGCAUCAUUACAUCUGAUAUGGUUCAGCAACAGUUCCGCACAGGACAAAGCCAUAUUUAGUAGUCUUGUUGAGUCUCGUCUCCUGUCUUUCUUCUGUGACUGGUGCAUACCUUGGUAGCCCUGGCUUUAUCUCAUGAAUUUCUGCAUGUUUGAAUACAUGAGAAAGCAUGUUUGGCAACAUGAAUAUAAUGGUGUAUAAAGAAUCAUAAAGUCCUAGUGUAAAAAAAUGUAUUUAAUGCAGAUGUCAAUAAAGCACCUCAAGUAUUGUAUCAAGAGAGAAGUAAAGUGUGUAGUAUAUAGUUUGCCACAUGUAUAUUAAAAGCAAUUUCAUUAUAAGUGUUGAAUGUAGACUAAAUAAGCUGUCUUAAGUCAACUUAGAAAAUACAGUUAUUUAUUGGAUGACUGUGUGAAACAAAAGAGAAACCAUCACAGGAAGUAAAAAAAAAAAAAAAAGUUUAAGUUACAGUGUCAAUUGAAUAGGAAAGUUCCAAUCAAGAGAUGUUUACAUGCCCAUGAUGCCCAGAGUAUCAAUAGUUUCCCAAAUGGCUGAGGUAGAGGGCACUUCAUGGUUGAAUCUGUUAACUUAAAAAUAUUAUUGAUUAGUCUUGAGUUCAUAAAAAAACUUGGCUUAAGUUGAAGUGACAGAGAGCAAGACUAAAGGGACAACACUAGCACAUGGGUAAAUGUAGAUAUAUAUACAAAGAUGGCAUAGUUUUUUUUCAUAAAACUAUAUUUCAAUCCAUUUUCAAAGAAACGUUGGUUGUUUUUGUCCUACGGGAGUUUUUAAUAAAUAAUAUUUCCAUCAACAGAAAACAUGUCCACUGAUGUAAUUCACAAAAGUAUACUGACUAUGUAUGUUUAACUUUUGAUGAAAACAAGCAAUUCAUUUGAAACUGGCUGAAACUUCUUUAUGGAAUAUCAGAUGCUGUCUUGAUAACAUGUAUGUUAAUUGUCUUGUUAUAUAUGUACUGUGUUGUUCAUUGUGAAAAGAGAAAAGACAGUUGUAGCUCCAU